AUGUCCGUGACAACCACCUCGACCGGCACCGCCGCCUCCGCCUCCUCCACCUGCAUCAACAAGCUCUACGACAUCCCCGUCAAAGAUGCCGCCUGCGCCAUGCCCAUGCGCAACAACAACUCCGCUAUCAUGAGCAGCUGCUGUGGCUCCGCCUCCAUCGUCUCCUACGACAGCUGCGAUUACUACUGUCUGGCUCAGGACCAGACCGUCGGUACCCUGGCCGAAUGUCUCAUCAAGGCCUCCGAGGCCGGUGAGGUCUGGUGUAACACUAACGCCAACGCUACUGCUACCGGUAGCGUUCCUACCACUGGCGCUGGCACUGUCGUCUCGACUGCUACUGCUACUGGUGGCUCGUCUAGCACUGGGUCCAGCACUUCGAGCGGUUCGACGGCUUCGUCGACUAGUGGUGCUGGUGUCGCGGUUACGAAGAAGAGUGUGGGUGUUUUGGCGCUGUUGUUCUUUGGGUCGACUGCGGGUUUCUUGUUGUAA